GCCCGCCGUUCUGUCCCCAAGCCACGUCACCGAGCGCGGGAGCCCUGGGCCGGGAAGGCUCCUCGCUGCCGGAGCGCCUGCUAGGUGCGCAAUUACCGCUAGGUGUCCGGGGGACGGACCGCCUCAGCGCCGGCACACUGCGGCGCUCUUGGAGCCUUGGAGAACGUAGAUUGCCUUUAAAACAAAUUUUUCUUGGGUAUUUCUUUUUAUUUGACCUAAAUUUGCCUACAAGAUUCAGCCGGCUUGUGAGAUGGAAUGUCAAAAUGCAGGAGCAUUGCUCCGAAAGGGAAGAGAACGUCCAAUUUUAACUGCCCAUUAUAAAUUUAAUUGCCAGUUGUCUGAUAACUGUUCUUUCGCUGCUCUGAAGAGCUGAGCUUCACAGGACAGAAUGAAUAAGGAAAUAACUGUAUGUUUUACUUAACCCAAUGAUGAGCUAAUUCCAUAUGCCAUUUUGUACUGAUUCUUAUCCUUAAGAGGUUACUACCUUCAAAAAUACUGUGAGAUUCACAAAAAACUGCCUUGGAGACCUUUUCUAAUUUGUGAUGUUUGGAAUGUUAGGGACCCAUAAAAGGAGGACACCCCCAGGGUAACCCUAUGAUUUCAUAACAAGGAGCAAAAGAAUAUGUGCAUCCUUAGAACCCACAGCUUCAAAGGACAAUGAUUUUGGAUCUCCUGAUGUUUGCUUAGCAGCAUCACAAGCAAGCUGCCUUCUGAGGAAAUGGGUGACUGGUUUGAGGGACACACUUUUAAAGAAGUCUUCUGUGAUGGACAUAUUCAUUGUAGAGGAGAAACAUACUGCUUCCAUUGUCUUAGAGCUCUUGUUUCUUGUUGCAUGUUGUGAGUUCUUCAAGAACAUGGGUACCUAGAACUUGGCAGAUGAGGCAAGCUGGAAAUAAGUGGUUUGGGAAUCUGAGCAAGGCUCCAGAAACUCCUUUGAAAGACUGUAAGCUCAUCUCCUGAUGAAGGGCAUCUGCCCUCUGAAGAGACUUGAGGUGUAGCAUUCCUGAAACAUUUUGGUUGAGAUACAUUGUUUUUAGACAUUUAUGGGAUGCAGUCUAACAGAGGACAGAGUGACCAUCUUUCCCAUCCAUUCUUCUCUAAAAUAUGUUGGACUAGUUUAUGGCAUAUAAUUUUAGGCUUUCACCUAAGAAGGACAGUAAAAGACUGCCAGUACUUUUUCCCUGCUACUUUCCUCUGUAGUGCUGACAUUUAAAAGAAAUUUGGAAGAUGACAAGACUACAGGGCCUUCAUGUUCUUUUUCUGUGUACUACUGAAAAUAUUGUGAACUUCUGUUCCAAGUGAGUGAAACUUCACCAGCGCCACCCGUUCAAUGACAGGCAGGAUGAUGUUGUGGGAUGCUUCAUCUUGAACCACCCAGCCUUCAGACACUCUUCUGUAUAUCCAGCACCUGCAGCAGCCCUGUGAAACAUCACAAUGACUAAACAGGACAAGUCAGCAGAAGGAAACGAUGGUAGUGAUGACAAUCAAGAAGGCAGUGCAGUUGAGAAUGAAGAAAAUGCCAAAGGAACAGAUAAAGGGAAAAAGAGAGCAACACCAAGACCUAGAAGAGCACAUGCCAGAGGGAGAGACAGGCAUGGUGAUGAAGAUGAUGACGAUGAUGAAGGUGGGAUGAGGAGAGCUGGGCCUCGUAGGCACAGAAGCCGUAGACGAGGACGAGCAGCUGGAAAUGAGGCCAGUGAUUCUGAUAUGGAACCUGCAAAAUCCAAGAAGAAUCAAGCAAAUCAGAAAUCCAAGGAAGAUGAUGAAGAAGACGAAGAUGAGAAAGGGGGUAAAAGUGGGAAAGGUAAAAAUGAGAAGAAAGGGGACAAAAAGUCUGAUAAAAAAGGGAAAAAAGAGAAGGCCAACAAGAAGAAAAAAGACAAAAAGAAAUCAGGAUCAGGCUCUGAUUCUGAAUCUGAGGAGGAGCCAAUUACAGAGGAGGAAUUGGCCAAACUGAAAGAAGAGGUAGAAGAAAAAAAGAAACUGAUUGCCACGCUACGAAACAAGCCAUGGAAGAUGAAAAAGAAGUUGUCUGUCUUGAAGGAAGCACAGCUUUUUGUUGAGAAGUUUGAAGGUGCGCUUGGAAAAGGAAAAGGAAAAAAAUUCUAUGCAUACAAAGUGAUGAUGAUGAAGAAAUGGAUGAAAUUUCAAAGAGAUUUUGAAAAUUUUAAGACAGCCUGCAUACCCUGGGAAAUGAAAAUUAAGGAGAUUGAAAGUCACUUUGGCUCAUCAGUAGCAUCUUAUUUCAUAUUCUUGCGUUGGAUGUAUGGAAUAAAUAUGAUUCUAUUUGGAUUGACCUGUGGUCUUGUAAUGGUGCCUGAGGCUUUGAUGGGUAAGCCAUAUGGCUCUUUGCCUAGAAAAACUGUCCCAAGAGCCGAAGAAGCAACUGCUAUGAAUUUUGCUACCCUCUGGGAUUUUAGUGGCUUUGCACAGUAUUCUGUACUCUUUUAUGGUUAUUACAAUAACCAGAGGACAAUUGGGUGGCUCAAGUUCAGGAUGCCUCUUUCAUAUUUCCUUGUUGGAGUUGGGUCUAUCGGCUAUAGCUUUAUGAUUGUCACUCGAACAAUGGCAAAGAAUGCAAAUGAUGAUGGUGGUGGGGAUGAUACUAGUUUUAAUUUCAGCUGGAAAAUGUUCACAAGCUGGGACUACCUGAUUGGCAAUCCUGAGACAGCGGAUAAUAAGUUUGCCUCCAUCACAACAAGCUUUAAGGAAGCAAUUGUGGAGGAGCAGGAGAGCCGAAAAGAAGAAAAUAUUCAUUUGACUCGAUUCUUAAGGGUUCUUGCCAACUUCUUAGCCCUAUGCACACUUGCUGGAAGUGGCUACCUCAUCUUUUUUGUUGUCAGAAGAUCCCAGCAAUUUGCCUUGGAAGGUCUGGAGAACUACGGGUGGUGGGAAAGAAAUGAAGUGAACACGGUUAUGUCACUUUUAGGAAUGUUCUGUCCAACUUUAUUUGAUGUAAUCAGUUCUCUGGAAAAUUACCACCCUCGAAUAGCUCUAAGAUGGCAGCUGGGAAGAAUCUUUGCUCUUUUCCUUGGCAAUCUCUACACUUUCAUUAUUGCCCUAAUGGAUGAAAUAAACCUCAAGCUGGAAGAAGAAAAGAUAGUCAAAUACAACAUGACAAUAUGGGAAGCCAGUCUGUACAAUGGUACUAUUCCAGAGAAUUCAACUGCUCCUCCAAUACAGGUGGAUCCUGCUGAUGUCCCCAGAGGACCAUGUUGGGAAACAAUGGUAGGACAGGAAUUUGUGCGCUUGACAGUCUCUGACAUGAUGACAACAUACAUCACAAUUCUAAUCGGCGAUUUUUUGAGAGCUGUCUUUGUUAGGUUUUUCAAUUAUUGCUGGUGCUGGGAUUUGGAGUACGGAUUUCCAUCAUACUCUGAGUUUGAUAUAAGUGGCAACGUGCUGGGACUGAUCUUUAACCAAGGCAUGAUCUGGAUGGGAUCUUUUUAUGCUCCAUGUCUCCCAGCAAUCAAUGUGUUCCGCCUCCACACGUCGAUGUAUCUGCAGUGCUGGGCAGUGAUGUGCUGUAAUGUCCCCCAGGAAAGAGUCUUCAAGGCUUCCAGAUCCAAUAACUUCUACAUGGCCAUGCUGCUUUUCAUCCUUUUUCUCUCCACACUGCCUGCUGUGUACACCAUUGUCUCCAUCCCACCAUCUUUUGACUGUGGUCCUUUCAGUGGGAAGACUAGAAUGUAUGAAGUCAUUUCAGAAACUCUGGAGCAUGACUUUCCUUCCUGGUUUGGGAAGGUAUUUGGUUAUGCCUCUAACCCUGGACUUAUCCUACCCUUUAUAUUGCUGAUGGUCCUGAGCCUUUAUUAUCUCAACGCAACAUCCAAAUCCUACAAGGAAGCUAACUUGGAACUUAAAAAGAAGUUACAAAGUCAAGCAGAAGAAAAUAAAAGAAGAAAUAAACAAAAAGCACAAAAAUCAAAUGAACAAGAGGAAAAUCCUUUUGAGACUGAACCGCCACCAGCAAAGCCUAAAGGAGACAAGCAAGAUGAGUCCACUCCAAACAAUGACAACAAGAAAGGACAGGAUGGCAACGGAUCAAAGACAGGCCAGCCACAAGAAACCAGCUCCUCUCAGCAUCCUGGCCCUGUUCUGAAUGGCCACUAUCCUCCACAGAGCCGAGGAGGAAACCUUCCUCCGCCAUCCAUAGCUGUGACAAGGCCACCCGGGCCCAGAGGGCCUAGAAUGCCAGGCUAUCCACCUGGAAAUCCUUGCCUCCCAGGGAUGCAGCCAGGAAUGCCUAGGGGCCCUCCCAUGUACAGAUAAGGAGCCUUAAGAACAUAUAAGAAAACACUGAAGGAUAGAAGUGUGGUCCUAAACCUACCACCCUCCUGUAAGAGCAGAACCUUGCUAUGUUUGUCAUAAAUCUUCAUGUGCGUAGAAGAGGCCCAUGUGCUUCAGUUUUCUGCAGUAUGGGAGCAUCAGAAGAAAACGUGGCAUAUGUCUUCUUGCAUUUGAAGGCAUUGUGAAAAUGUGUUGUCUGUAUCAAUAAAUUGCUACAGAUUUUUAUUGGGGAUACUUGUUAGAAUAGUGGAAAACAAUUUGUAUUCAGCUGACUUUUUUAAAAGCUUGAAAUUUUGUCCCUAAUAUCUUUUCCUUUUCCAAAGAAGGACAUUUCACUGAAAGCACAGCUUUAUAUAAAGCCUAUGAAAGUCAGGUAAACCUUGCAUGUAUCUUGUCCUCUGCAUCUCAAAUAUGCUUAGCCAAAGCAUAAGAUUUCAGAUUGUACAUGGGGAAACUAGGACCAAAACUAGAGAAAUCGGCAUGAUUCCAUCUAAAGUCUCUGUAAAAGGGUUAAAAAAGAAAAAGAAAAGCAGUGGUUCAUCUGUAACUAUGAAGAAAAUUUAACUCCUAUUACACUACCACUUUCAGCUAGUAAUAGUCUCAUCACAUUCUUGAAGACUAGAAAUACAUGUUAAAAAUCAAAGUGGCAAAGGAGUAUCUCCUGUGCAGGAAAAGAUAUUUGGGGAAUAGAGAUAAGACAAUUAUUGAGUAAUUUCUCCUAAAUACCCUAGUAGUAUAGAGACAUUUAACAUUGUAUAAAAGUAUGUACUGCAUAAUCUUGUCUGUGAAUUUAUGACUGGAUACCUGUAUUGGUCUCUAUGUAGUCUGAGGUGGAACAGGUUAUUUUCCUGACAGGUCUUGUGGAAGCACAGGAUAGCUAUAAACCCAGGGGCAAGUUGAUGUUACCUAAUUCAAUAAGAUAGGUUGAUUUCUUUAUUCUGAUAUUAUUUCUUUUUUCAGAACAUUGAUCUUAAUAAUUAUUUUAAGACUCACAAGCUUAAUAGCAACAAAAUUAAUCAACUUACUGUCUUCCAAAAAAAUACAUGUAAUUCCGUUGAGGACCUUCUGUAAAACAGAGAUUCAUUUAGUGAAGUAGAAAAAUCUUAACCACAUCCUUGUAUAAAACAAGUCUGUGACAUCACAAAACAACCUCCAUCUAAUUAAAUUGUGGAUUUUGUUCAAAAAAGGCUUACAAAACCCCUCAGCAUAGUCUGUGUAUCCCCAUAAACCACAGUGAUCCAACUUCCAGCUCAAGCAGUCUUUAAAUCAAUUGCCAGAGCUUGGAAGGAUUAAAUAAAAGAAAGUUCAGUUUAUACUUGGUUGUUGUACUGCUUCCAUGAGCAGAUACUAGAUGUAUCUGCAACUGGGGUGCUGUGAGUCUUUUAUUUUAAGUCAGAGAGAGUACAGAUAAGUGCACUGCAAGUUGUUUCACCUUUCUCCUCAUGUAUGAACUUCAGACUCGUGGAACAAAUAUAGCAAUUCGAACUGUUUAUUAACUGGUAAUUUUUCUAAUGGGAUUUGUUUUUAAACUGCAUAUGUCUCUAGCCCAGAAACAAAAGGUUGCCAGUUUUCUUACUGAAGCUAAGCAUGAAACCCAGUAUGGCAAUACUUUCAUGCUUUUAAGAAGCUUUUUCCUAAUGAGCUUUUUCCUACCAGCUGGGCUUGAUCUAUCUUGAAAUAUUGAUUUACACAGACAUUUUAGUUCAUUGGUUGUUAGCAUUUCAUAAUAAGAAAACUCUGGAUAUUCCUCAGAAAAUAUAUGAUUUUUCAUAGAAAAAGUGAAGAAAUUGAGUUUAAAGAUAUGUUAGAGCUUGGGGAGUUUUUCAAGAGGUGUUGGAGUAAAUCAGAGUUGUAAGAACCGUGCAGUCUUGUUUCCUAAAAUGUAGAGGGAUGUUUACAUCGCAUAUAGAGACCUUAAUAAUGAUUCCUUGCUCUGUCAGGAGUGAAAAUUUUCUGAGGAUGCUGAAGGCUUUCUCAUUAUUAGUGGUUUUAGUAUUUCAUUCUGUGGGGUUGCUUUACAUUGUGAGUGGAAGAGAGACACAGCAAAGAAUCUCCCGCUGAAAUUGUUUGGGGGAGCUUUCUGUUAGAUCUGUAUGCUGUACUGGUUUUUAAUAAUCAAUGUGUUCUCAUAACAUACAUAUGUAGAGAUGAGCAUGUAAUAGCCAAUAUGAAUAACAAUAGCAAAGCUAGAUGUUGUUUUGUGAUUGAAAAUGAGAUAUUUAUUUUCAUUCUUUGGUACUUAAAAGUAAAGGCAUUUAAAAACUCUAUUUUGUGACAUUUUUAUUUUUCAGUACAACAUGGAAAUGUUGCUAAUGUUAGGAUGCAAAACACUUCCAAUAUCAUAUUUGGGUGUAAACAUUCUCUGUGGAGUAUUUGCUUGCACUUACAUUAUUAGAAGCAUAAAAACCUGAAAGAUAUUUGGCAUUAAUAAUAAUUCAAUGUAGGAACAAAUAUAAUCUCCCUCGGUGUCUGGGGAACAGCGGAAUGUACUGAUCUGCACUUCAGAUGUCUGACUAUUUUAUUCUGCUUAGCAUGAAAAUUUAAAGAAAAGAGCUAGUAUAUGACAUCAGAAUAUUUUCCUUUCUUUUGAGAUGUAACAUCUCACUUGUAGUGCAUAGUCAUAGAAAGUUAUGAAUCACAUCUGGUGGUGUGUUAGUAAAAUAAUAAUGAAGAAUAGUAUUAUACACUUUGAGGAUUGUUUUGGUCAUUGACUUUGUGUUGAAAUGUUUUGUGCAUUUUUACAUAAUAGCCUCUGCUCUUAACAUCACAGGUAUGUAAAUUUUCCAAAUUAUUGUUGAUUUAGUUUGGAAAUUGCAAAAGGAAAGAGAAUUUCCAAUACCUGUGGUUGAUUUUCCACUUUGAUCCAUUCUUAGAUGUGUACAUUGCAUCCUACACAACUAACGAUAUGUUCAGUAAAUAAUGUUCAGUACUUAGCAUUUGAGUCCUUUGUCUGUGUCCUUGCCAGCUCUCCAUUGUUGUGGAGAGCAUUUAAUAUUUCACAUUCUUAAU